CCCGAGCCGGCUUCGGAGGGCGGCAGCAGUAGCAGCCACCGCCAGCGCCGCGGUGGGAAGAGGGACCCACAGGCACGGAGGGCCAAGGGGCCGCGCCGGGGGCCGGACGGAGCCUGGACCGGCUGCAGCCGCUGCCGCCCAGAUCUGGGCUCCUGAAUGCAGGACAAUGGGGGUUGUGACUUGCCCACAGUCACAUAGCUAGCUCCCAUCAUGUUGCAGAGGACCAACAGGAGGAUCCCUUCUCCCCUGGCUCGUGGGAUACCACCAUGUUAGCCCUGCAGAGCCCAGGGGCCACGGAGCUCUGUUCUGUAGGGGGAGACAUAAUGGCCAACCAUGUGGACCUCCUGACUGAGCUUCAGCUCCUGGAGAAGGUGCCCACCUUGGAGAGGCUGCGGGCGGCCCAGAAACGCCGAGCCCAGCAGCUGAAGAAAUGGGCCCAGUAUGAGAAAGAGUUGCAGCACCGCAAGCGGAAACACGAGAAGAAGAGGAGUACUAGCAGUCGUAAGAAGGUGUCCUUUGAGGCCAGCGUGGCAUUGCUUGAAGCUUCCUUAAGGAAUGAUGCUGAGGAAGUACGCUACUUUCUGAAGAGCAAGAUAAGCCCUGACCUAUGCAAUGAAGAUGGACUCACUGCACUGCAUCAGUGCUGCAUAGACAACUUUGAGGAGAUUGUCAAACUUCUGCUGAGCCACGGGGCCAACGUCAAUGCCAAGGACAAUGAGCUGUGGACGCCCCUGCAUGCUGCUGCCACCUGCGGACACAUCAACCUAGUGAAAAUCCUCAUUCAAUAUGGGGCAGAUUUGCUUGCAGUGAACUCAGAUGGAAACAUGCCCUAUGACCUCUGUGAAGAUGAACCGACCCUCGAUGUGAUUGAGACAUGCAUGGCCUAUCAGGGCAUCACCCAAGAGAAAAUCAAUGAGAUGCGGGCAGCUCCUGAACAACAGAUGAUCACCGACAUCCACUGUAUGAUUGCGGCAGGUCAGGACCUGGACUGGACUGAUGCUCAAGGAGCCACUCUGCUGCACAUUGCUGGGGCCAAUGGAUUCCUUCAUGCAGCUGAGCUCCUUCUAGAUCAGGGAGUACGAGUGGAUGUCAAGGACUGGGAUGGCUGGGAACCUCUCCACGCAGCUGCCUUCUGGGGCCAGAUGCAGAUGGCAGAGCUGUUGGUGUCCCAUGGAGCCAGUCUCAGUGCUCGGACAUCCAUGGAUGAGAUGCCAAUAGACCUAUGUGAGGAGGAGGAGUUCAAGGUAUUGCUGUUGGAGCUGAAGCACAAACACGACGUGAUCAUGAAAUCCCAGCUGAGGCACAAGUCUUCACUGAGUCGGCGUACAUCCAGUGCAGGGAGUCGAGGGAAGGUGGUAAGGAGGGCAAGCCUGUCAGACAGGACCAACUUGUACCGGAAGGAGUAUGAGGAGGAAGCCAUUGUGUGGCAGCAGAGGGCCUCAGCAGAGGAGCAGAGAAACUCCAUCUACAACGGGGAUGUCAGAGAGACACGUUCUGAUCAAGAGAACAAGGACCCGAACACUAUGCUGGAAAAGCCAUUACUUCUUUCUGAAUUUAUGACCAAGAGCACAUUGGGGAACACAGAGCUACCCAUGCAGAAUGGUCUCCGGGGUCCGGUCAGCACUUACCCAUACUCAUUGUCUAACGGGGACAUGCCCAUCCAGAAUGGACUCCGGGCUCCGGCCACUACCCAUCAAUACUCUCUUGCCAAUGGUGACAUCUGGAAGGUGCAUGAGGUGCCUGAUUACAGCCUGAGUACAUCUCUUUCCUAUGGUAGCCCUGGCCUCCGUGACAUGCCACAACCCUGGAAUGUAUACAAGGAGCCCAGCCACCAGACGCUGUCAGAGCUGAAGAGGCAGAGGGCAGCUGCCAAGCUCCUCAGCCACCCCUUUCUGAACCCCCACCUAGGUGGUGGUGUGACAGGGAUGGGUGAGGGAAGCAGUGAGAGCAAGACCCCCCUGAUCGGAACAAGAACUUCUCCUUACAGUGCCAAUGGGACUUCUGUAUACUAUACAGUAGCCAGUGGGGACCCUCCUCUCCUAAAGUUCAAGGCCCCAAUGGAGGAGAUGGAAGAGAAAGUGCGAGGCUGUUGCCGAAUUUCUUAGUCCUGCUGCAGCCAUGCCCCUGGACUCAGGAGGGAGAAGGACCUGGUCAUGGCCAAAGCGCUGAGCUUUCCUGAGCCUGGCCUGGGGCACAUACCUGAAGGACAGCUGUGUGGGGUGGAGAGUAGAUGGAAUGAGGCUACUUCUCACUUUCAGAGAGGAAGAUUUUCCCACAGUUGUCCUCAAUCCUGGUGUCACUCUGAACUGCCCACCCCUAAGAGCUUACCUUGGACUCCACUUAUCACCAUUCUGAAUGAAGAAUACCAAAUUAUUAGCCUCAUGCAAGUGACUGCCAGAUGUCUGAAACGUGACUUGAGGAAUCCUGCUCUGCUCUUGUGAAACAUUUGCCAGUCCUAGUGAUCAAACUCCUACAUGUCUCACACAUGCAUACACACACAAACCACUUGUGCCCCACCCCAUUGUGCCAAAGACCAAGGUGGGUGGCUAUAAACAGGAAGGUGAAUGUCCAGCCUGGGCCCUGAGAAUGUAGCUGCUCACUUGCUUAUGUGAGUAACAGGUGCUGACACAGAAUGUGUGUGGGACAGCAGCAGAAUGUCUAUGGGGCGAGGUACUUUCCAAACCACGGUUUAAGUGAGAUCCAACUCUAGACUGAGGCAAGGCCCCAGCUAUGCCUAACUUUGUGGUUAUGUUCAGCAGGGGAGGUUGAGGGUAUUUAUGACUCUUGGGGGGGUCUCCCUAGGAAUACCCCUUCAUAGAAUCAAAGCAAUAACCCUGAGUCAUCUUGGAAGUUGGAGACUAACAGCACCUAAUCCAGCACCAUGCACAUAGUAGACACUCAGUGUUUGUUGAGUGAAUAAAUGAAUGACUGGGUUUCAUAGCCACGGUCAGUGUCUGCUGGUGUUAGGGCCUCUUUUCUAUGUAAUAUUCCAAGGGAGGUGAGAAUCUGUGAGGGUGAUAAAAGAGAAAUUGUCCAGAGAAGCUCCCCUGUCAGUCCCACUAAGAUAAUGCCUCACUCUGCAAGAUGCUGUCCCCAUGAGAGUUCAGUGUCAGAGAUACCAUAUUAGGUUGUUCCAAUCUCAUUUGAUUUUUAAAACUCUACAUAGCAUUUUGCCAGUCACAUCUACAAAGCCAACAUUUUAAAAGAAAAAAUCUUUCUAGACUAUUAAAAGUCAUGGGGAAAUUACAUUUAUCUCCAGUCAAGGAAAGUCUCAUAUUGACUCCUAUCUGCCAUGGGCUGGAUAUGGUAUUUAGAAAAGGCACAAUUGUGCAGGGGAAAGAUCCCUGGAUUUUGUAUCUGGAGCAUUUGGGUUCUAAGCUUCACUCUAUUACUUAGCAGCUGUGCAACCUUGGGAAGGCCAGUUCACUUCUCCUGGGCCUAUUUCUUCAUCUUAUAAAAUAAGUGAGGUAGACUAGAUGAUCUCUAAGACUCCUUCCAGCUCUUGAUACUUGGAUCUCUUGAAACUCAGGGACCAAACCAGUUUCUGGUUGCUGAGUUAUCUGCCUCUUAACCUCCAGCCUAGGGAAAUAGGAGCUUAUGUUGCCAAUUUGUGAAAACAUCGCGGUAGGAGAGAGAUUUUAACUUAAAGCACCCAACCAACCCCUGUAGUGUUUUAAAUGGACCAGUACUGAUGUGCCCAACCCUUCAGGGUCCCUGGUUGGGGCAAGUGGUCAAUCCAAGAUUCUGAAAUGCUUUCACUGCCUCCCAAGCACACCCAGCUUUACUUUUGUGCUCAUGUGUUGUGGGUACAGAGUUUCCUUUCUGGAGAACUGCAAGCACAGGAUAUGGACAGUGACAGAACUUCACCUGAAGGCAUAAACAGUCACUGGUCUGCACUGAUGGAGCCCCUGCCAGGACUGUUAGUGUUCAUCCCAGUAGAAAGCCUUUGGUUCUCAUUAAAGGUGACAGGAAGUGGGUAGGAGGCAAGCAUAGUGCAUAUGACUGACAAGGCCAUUUAUUCAGUGGCUCGUCAGGAAGCACAGCGUGCAGGAAGGCAGGAAGGGACCAGCCAGUUACAGGACUGCUGUUUCUAGGCUACCUGUGUCCCAAAGGAACCUGGGCUUCACAAGCAGAGGAAAAGCACCCCAACGUCAUUUCCACAAUCCAUCCAGUCCGGGAUUCUUUGUCUGCUAGGAGCCAUCAGUUGGCUUGAUUGCUUCCAGACAGCUUCACUUUUCAGCUUAGCCCAUCAUGAUUACCAUCAUGAAUUUAUCUAUUCCUUUGGGGGAACUGUUUGGAUAUUUAUCCUCAAUCACCUCUUGGGGGUAGGGGCAAUGAAUUUCACAAGUUUCCUUUCUAUUAUGUAAGCAGGACAACUUUUUUGGUCCUAAAACUACCUCUUUUCAGCUCCAUGGAGGUGCCCAAGUUCUAGUUUCCAGAGUUUGGGGAACAAGUGUAUGUUUAUUCCUUUCUACCUCCCCCUUUCUAUAAGUUAGAGUGAUCCCAAAGUGGAAUGGGCUUCCCCGAUGGAGUUCCCAUCAUUAGAGGUGCUGAAGGUCACUAGAGGUCACAGAGUAACUUGUUGGAGACGUUGUAGAGUGGAUUCCUCCUUAUCUACAGGUUGGGCUACAGGCCCUCCGAGGUUCCUUCCAACUUUGAGGUUCCAUAAUUUCCUGAGUCAUUGAACACAUUUCUCUGCAACCCGAUGGACUAACUUUUUAUUAAAGACCCAGGCCAUGGGUGGUGCCAGUACAUGUCUAUCGUCCUUGCUGCCAGAGAGGCUGAGGCUGGUAGAAUCUUUGAGUUCAGUUCUGUGCUGCAGGGGGCUAAAUUGACUGGGCGUCUUCACUAAGUGUAACACCGAUAUGGUGAGUCUCCUGGAGCAGAGGUCCACCAGGCUUGCCUGAGGAGGGACUGAGCAUCCCAGGUGAGGGGGGAAAAGAGGUUAAAAUUUCCAUGAUGAUUAGCAAUAUAAUCUAUGGUAAGUAGCCAAUUGCACCUUCAGCCUGGAUGAGACAGGGAGACCCAGUCUCCCCCCCC